CCAAGUUGCUCAGCUGAGGGGGAAUUCAAAGAAAUUGAUACCGCAUUGAGAAGGAAAAAAAGUGAAAGGUGUAUUUUUUGUUCUUGUUAUUACUCUCAAGAUGGCAAAUCUGAGACCAGCUUGGAGGCAUUGUUUAAAACAAGUGAGGUGUUUUCACCUCUCGUCGGCUCAAAAUGCUGAGGCCAGACUCAAGACCUUCUCAAUAUAUCGGUGGAAUCCUGAUAAACCUGAUGAGAAACCGUACAUGCAGGAUUACAGUGUUGAUCUCACUACCUGUGGUCCAAUGGUUCUGGAUGCUCUGAUUAAAAUUAAGAAUGAAAUUGAUCCGUCUCUGACAUUCAGAAGAUCGUGCAGAGAGGGCAUUUGUGGGUCUUGUGCCAUGAACAUUGGGGGAACCAAUACGUUGGCUUGCAUCAGCAAAAUCGACAGCGAUGUCAAGAACACGAGCAAAAUUUAUCCUCUACCGCAUAUGUACAUCGUUAAGGAUCUUGUUCCUGAUAUGAACAACUUCUACAAUCAGUACAAAAGCAUUCAGCCAUGGCUUCAACGUAGUGAUGGAAAGAAAGUUGGGACACAACAGUAUCUGCAGAGUGUUGAUGAUCGGAAAAAAUUGGAUGGUCUCUACGAGUGCAUUCUGUGCGCUUGCUGCAGUACCUCGUGCCCCAGCUACUGGUGGAAUGGAGAUAAAUAUCUUGGACCAGCUGUGCUCAUGCAGGCAUACAGGUGGAUCAUUGACUCUCGGGACACUCAGACUAAGGAGCGAUUGGACAAAUUACGUGAUCCAUUCUCAGUGUAUCGAUGCCACACUAUUAUGAAUUGCACUAGAACAUGCCCGAAAGGCCUCAAUCCUGGUAAAGCAAUAGCAGAGAUUAAGAAAUUACUUGGCAACGUCAUUCAGAAGGACAAACCGGGUCUCAAUACCACAGCGCUGCACAACUGAGUCGCAACGUAAUAAAGUUAUGUAGACGAUCUACAAUUUUUGACGGAAUUUUCACUUUCUCAGUGAUAUGAGUAACAAUAAUUUAAUAAUAAUGUAAAGAGCAUUGAACGGAGGCUAGUUGGGGUGAAUAUUUCGUAGUUUUUCAUCCACUUUGUCUUCAAGUAAAAUUACAUAAUUAUUGAAAUUAUUUUUUUUAUUUCACUUGUGGCCCUGCGCCGUCAACGUAGAAUAAUGUAAUAUUUAUUGAUCAGUGGAUGAAUAAAAUCUGAUUUAUCUCGA